UCCAAGCGGAAGUCUUUGUCACUCCAUGUUUACGGAAGAUAGUUACAUUCUUCGUAAUGUGGGACCAUGAAAUCAGAGCCAUGGCGUCCACUCACGCCAUCAUCGCCGCCUCGGUGUUCAUGGCGACCGUCAUACCUGCGGCACUAGUCCCGGGCUUCUCGGUGUACGGCACUCACCUGCUGUGGCUCUACUCGGUGUCCGGUGCGGUCACCGCGGUCAGUGUCGCCGUCUUCUGGCUGCUUGGAAUCACACCCCCUACCAAGAAGCACACAGUUGGAUUCAAGCUGUCUAGGUUGUUUCGCUCAUGUCUGUACUUCUUCCUGUCGUGCCUGUUCUUCCACACUGUGGUCGUUCUCUAUGGAGCUCCACUGAUUGAAUCCGCCUUAGAGACAUUCUCCCUCGCUGUGCUGUUGACCUCUCUAACCACACUGAGGUGUCUCUGUGUCCUCGGCCCCAAUGUCCAGGCCUGGAUACGAGUGUUCAGCCGGCAUGGAGCUAUGUCUGUGUGGGACACCUGUCUACAGAUUACAGUGGCCUGCACAGUGGUAGGAGCCUGGGUUGGAGCCUUUCCUAUACCACUGGACUGGGACAGGCCAUGGCAGGUUUGGCCUGUUUCCUGCAGUCUGGGCGCUAUGAUCGGCUUCCUGACCGGGCUUGUUGCAGCUCCUGCGUGGAUCCACUAUCAUCGCAAACACCUCACAUACAAGUGCAAAUGAUGGACAGACACAUUUCUGUGUUUUUGUGUUUGUGGCCACGAGGGUAUUUCUAGUAUUCCUGCUGUAUUCCUUUAACUUUGUACUGAAUAUUUAUUGGGAACAUUCACUCAGUUUGCUGCCUGUAGGAAAGAUGAUUUUCUAAUAACACAAGAUUGUAUGAGCAACAUAAAUUUUGUAUGCAUGAAGGCUGAAUGUUCCUGAGCAUUUUGACAUGAAUAAAGCAUUACUUCUUUUUGAUUAAAAGUUGGAAGUUUAUUACAGAAAUAUAGCUGCAGUACCGGAGGCUACGCUUUCAGGACCGCAUUUUCAGGAUCGCAAUUCUAGGACCCUAACUAGAGGGCGGGUCUUACCAAGAAAGCGAGUGGGAUUCAUAAUAACUAAUGCAACAGGACCGCAUUUCCACCAAAAAUGGAAAAAGAGCACAUCAAGCCAUGUGUGAGUAACAUUACUGAUUUGUAAAUAAGGUUAUUUUUUAUUUGUUUAAACUGUGGAAACAGUUGGUGUCUUGAAUAGGACAGAAAGGUACAGUGUGAGUAAGUUAACUAACGUUAAUAGUCUUAAAGUUCCUAAUGUUACAAUCAUUGUUAGCUUAUGAUAGCUUUCUAACUGUUAGCCUAAAGUAUUUGUUUAAUGAAACUGUAACAUUUGAGCUAUAUUUGGUGAGCCCAACUAGGUGUAUUAUAUUACUUAACUGAAUGACUAUAAUAAUUCAUUAUAGCCAGCACAUUAAACUAGGGUUGGUCUUCACUGUUUUCAGUGUGCAUGAAUUGUUUAAUGUUCAUUGUUAUACCUGGGACACUUUAGCAUCACAGGUUUU